UGUUAGUUGUGUACGGUAUGUAAUUUGUGCUAAAUAAGGCAAAAAUGUUGAAGAAAUUAAUGUAUUUGCCUACAAAAUUAAUAAAACAUAGAACUGUAUCGAUUGAAAUCGUCAAAAAUGCUAACAGUCCAGGUCUUUUGAAAUACAUUGUAACCAAGUGUUUAUUGUGUAGUCCUUUCGGUGGAAACGGACAGAACUUUCGAGAUUUUCAUAGUUAUGGGCCACGUAGAAAGAGUGAAGAUCGUCGUGAAAUGUAUGCCUCAUUGCCAGCAAGAGAUGAGGGUACUGACGGAGAAAAGGGAGUGGAUAUUGAUAUGGCCGUAAAGAGUCGAGAAGAUAUGUAUCCGGAUGAGAACACUCCCACAAGAUUGUUUAACGGCACCCCGUUUCGCGAUUUGCCUAUAUGUGAUAUAAAGGCGUCGAAAAAUAAUACCAUCAUCUCAGUGAGUAAUGCCCAAGGGCUUGUGAAGUUGUUGAGAUCAUGUGGAGUGGAAGGCUUUAAAAAUGCACGUAAAGGCACUAAUAUUGCAGCACAAGCAACAGCCAUCAGUCUUAGUAUGAAAGCACUAGAUCAUGGAUAUAAAACAGUGCGUGUGCGAGUACAAGGUCUUGGACCAGGCCGAAUGGCAGCCAUCAAGGGUCUUCAGAUGGGUGGUUUGGACAUAAUUUCUGUGACAGAUAGUACACGAGUAUCAUGGAAUCCUCCACGGCCACGAAAACGGAGGAGAUUGUGAGCAUGGCACCAGCAAAAGUGUUAUGCUUUUCAUUAUUGUCAUCAAGUCUGGAUUAUUUUAUAGAUAGAAGAAUAUGAAUACAAGGUCAAAUAAGACACUGAAUGCCAUCUAUACUUUGAGGUACUAGAUCCAGGAUUUGACUUCAUAUGAAAGAAAUGCAGAAUCUAUGUAAGUCUAAUUUAAGCAACCAUAUUGAGAGUCAUCAGACAAAAUGAUACUGCACUAACAUAAUAUUUUAUAAUUUUUUUAUAAGAUAAGGUCAUGCUAAAUCCCAUCACUUUGUUUAUCACUGUAGCAAGUUCCAUUGUCUGAUGGCUUUCAGGUAAAUUGUUCAUCUUGGCCAAGGUCAUAAGAAACUACAGGUUAUGGGAAAUUCUUUAGUUUCAAUUCCUGGGCACUCAUGUUUCAAUAAGCUAACCAUAAUUUUGGGCUAUAAAAUAUGACUUAUUGCUGUAUUGAUUUGUGGAUUAGAUGUUUAUUUUAAUUAGUUUUAUCAGAUACAAAAUUUAUUCUGCAUAGUGAUCACAGUUAAUCAGCAUUUCAGUGGAGGGGAAGCUUUUGGUCUUGCAUGGAAUUAACUUAUAGUCUGUGACUAAUCUUGAGACUUGCUGGGUGAAGGAGGAAAGAUAGCGUCUGCCUUUAACGCUUCAGACUUCCUGCAUUCCUUGCAAGUCUCAAGAUCACAGUCGCGUACUGUGUUUAUUGUUUGAGAAUUUCAUAUUUUUUUCGAUUUUUUUUUUUUUUUAAUUUUUUGAUCCAGUUGAAGCUUGUGCUAAUACAGUCUGUGUUUAUUCAGUGAUAAAGAUUAUUUUAUCCCCAUUUGGUGAUUAGUCAGUCAAACAUUACCAAGGGGUUCAGCUGAUAUUUCAGAAUCAGGAUCAAUUCUACAUAAUCAAAAUACAGCCACUGCCAUUGGACAUCAGAGGGUUGAGUUACAUUGCAGUUUGGAAAGCUGCUAUUCAGGAUUGCAAAAUUGUUGCUCUAGUUAUAUUGUGUUAGAUAACUGAUGGGAUGAAAGUAAUAUUUAUCUGAUGUGGCAUGCUUUAAAAACUGCUGUGGAGAGACUGAUUGUUUUUAAAUACCACUGCUUUAUUGGAUUAACAUGGUACUUUAUGUAACAUGAGUGCCCAUUUCGUACAUGAAGAUCAUAUACAUCAAUGAUGAUAUUUUGUAAAUGUGGACAUUUUAGAAUUGAGUGAUGUGUAAAACUUUGUUUACACAUAAUUCUUCUAUAUGCUGGUACUUCGGUUCAUUUUCAGCUAUGAGAAAUUCAAAUAAGCUUAUAAUUAAUGGCUACAUGUUUACAUCAGUGGUUCUUGACCUUGUAUAACCAUGACCCAAAUUGCAAAUUUUGCAACCCAAGCUUGAAUUUUUUAUUAUAUACACUAAAAUAAAGAUAAUUCAUUACAAAAUUUUAAACACCAGUUAACAUUUAAAUAAUGGUAAACAUUGUUAAUGGUGGGCAGUUAUAACCAUGACUAUGGAGCUUUGACAUUAGGCAGGAUUAUACAAAUUUAACAGAGGUAGAUAAGACAGGCUACUUUGUAGUGCGUGCUCAGGCUGAAGCAUAGUUUUUGAAUUUCAUCUUCCUAACAGUAAAUGCUAAGAUCAACCUCACAUGUAUAGUUACAAAGAGGACCACUAUGAUUGCCUCACUUGUUUCUUUUUGAAAUUGUUUUGAGGCAUCUCUUCUUUUUAUUUUUUCAUUAUGUUGGUGAUUUCUUGCAGUGGGUCUUCUAUGCUGAUAUUAAAUGCGUUUGUCACCCGGUUGUAUUUAAAUGCAUUCUUGGGAAAAUAGUAGUUAAAUUCUGAUUUGGGUUGUUCCAAGUGAUGCCCUCCCUGUAUGCAGAUAGAUUAAUGUCGAAUGGUCAUCCAGAUGGUUACUUAAUGUUGAAAAUAAAAGUUUUUUCCUGACUUUCUCCUGUGUCCACAGCUUUAGCAUUUUCUUGAAACCUCUUAAAUCUGAUAGUGCAACCUUAGAAAUAUUCAGAUCAUUGAUUGUUUGCGAGGUAGCGAACUUUUAACAUGGAUUUGGAACAUGAAAAUCUUAUUUGAGAGGAUGGUUCUUUUCCAACAAAUGGUGUUGCUCAUCAUUGCAUAGUACUUACCAAUCUUCUGAGUACUUUUCUUCACGAUAAUCAUGUAACCUCUGAGUUGUACAACAAAUGAUUUGAUUGAAGAUUCUGAAAUUAAGGGAUCUUAUUUUACAGAAUUUACUACCUUAAUCAUAUGUGUCAUUGGAACUCCAAAUUUAAGCAAGAGCCCUUUAUCAGCAUGAUCUGAAGGAGGCAGUGAAACAUCAGUUUCCUUAUUGACUUUCUUUACCUUGAUAUAUACCACAUACAAGCUGGUGCACCACGAGCACAUACACUGGAACACAGAUUCCAUUACCAGCCGUCUCUAAAGAAUUAAUCUGCCAUCUCAGCAAUGUCUUCACCAGCUGUGGUAGUUGGUGACUGGCUGCAGAACUUAAAUUAUUGUUCCCUAUAUGUCUGUCAGAAUCUCGACUAAUAUUAAAAUUUUACAGUGACCCUUGGCGACUAUCUCAAAUUAGCACGGGUUCAAUUUUGGGGUAUGCUCCAGAGGUUAAGAACCACUGUUUUAGACAGUUCUACAGAACCACUAAUAUCAUCUUCCAUAAAUGAAAUGAAGAGUGAAUAUAAUAAUUCAUAACAAAUAAUGCACAUUCUGCAAGGAAUAGAAUAACCAUAAUUCAGCAACAAAUAUUGUGAAGUGACUAUAACAAUAAUUUGGCAGUAAUCAGAUUGUAUGUAGUGAGGUCUCGCAGGUGGCACUGAUAAUGGUCCAAUAGAACUGAAAUGCAUCUUGCCUAAUAAAUUACAAUGAUUAUAAAUGAAAGCUGUGUUGAUAAACAUUAAGUAAUUACAAGCAAGAACAUGAACAAAUGUAAUGCAAACUUGUUUGUUGGUUCCUUCAUUAUAGACAGUAUUUUAGAUACAAAAUGAAACUCAUGAACAGUAGGUGGUGUAGCUCGUAAGAUGGCUACUUUAGUGAUUAAAUGCAACAUUUGGCAUAAGAUCAUAUUUUUAGGGUGUACUGAAAAUAUGUGGAUUAGUGUGACAACAUUUGAUGUGUCCUAAUAGCGUACAUUUAGUACUUUUAAUAGAAUUCUAGAAAAGUAGUUUUGAGAUUUGAAUUUGAAGAAUUAUGUUCAUUUAUUGAACUGUAAACAUAUUUCCAUUUUCUUUUUUACAUAUGACAUUUUGGAUAACCACUUACGGUUCAUUGUAAUGAAGGAACGUUAAUAUGCACUUUUACGUCUUUUUGACUUGUGCAUCAAAAUGCGGUACAUGAUGUGCAAUUCUUUUAAAAAAUUGUUACAACAUUUAGGGCGUGUCCAAAUGGAAGUGUACAUAAGAAUUGUUUGUCUUUGUAGUGCCACGUAGGCUGCAUAAAAUCCACUUUGCAAGUGCCCCGUCUUAAAAAUUUGGUAUUGCAGUGCUUUUAGUCAACAUUUUACAGGCUAUUCUCUGGAGGCAUAUGAAUUCUGGAUAUUGCUUUGAACCAGUAAAAUUAACUGAAACUCUUUAUAGGUUUUGAAAAAUGACCUUGGUGAUGGUUUUAUCUGAAACUGCAUUGUUCUUAGGCUAUCAGAAUGACCUUCAUAGUUUUGUUAAUAUAAAAUUCUCCAUAAGUGAUUUAUUAUAGGCAUUAUUUUGAAAAUAUGGAGAUAGUGUAUUAUUUCACUCACCCCACUUUAAUCUGCUUUGUCUUAGACUAUUUUUUUAUAGAUACUGAAUGCAUAAAAUUUAAUAUCACUUCAGGCAACAUUGAUAAUAGAAGCAUGCACAAUACAAAUUCUGGAAAGUGUUGUUUUAUGCAUGUUGUCAUAUCCUGUUCUUCAGCUUUGUGGUCUUGGGGGGGGGGGCAAAUCAGUCAAGCUGGUGUAAUACUGUUUUUGGAACAUGUAAGCCUUUUACUCAAAAGCCCUAUAAAAUAUUUGUUUGGAAUGGAAUUCAUUUUACCACACUGGUAAUUGAUAUGGGCAGAAUAUUGUAUCUAAAAGAGUCACUAUGUUAAUGAGGCCACUGCAGGGGACUUGAACAUGGUGGAUUUUAUUGAUGAAUUUAAGAAAAAUACAUUUUAUGUGCCAUUAGAUGAAUUAUUCUGCAUUCUGUAGCAGGACUGUAUAAAUUUUUGGGCCUUCUUUAUCACGUUUGUUAUUGAUUAACUUAAGUAUUUUACGUCCUUUAUUACUCGUAGGUGUAAGAAAUUUAUUCAGAGAUUGAAACAUUUGCAGAAUAACUAUUUUAUAACAUUUUACUUUAAAAGAGUAGAUGGUGACUGGAGUGGCACAUUUAUUGGAAGAAUUUCCAGGAUAAAAGCUGCCGUUACAUCCAAAUCACACAGUGGAAUUUUUUGUUAAUUAAAUAGAAUCUUCCGAUUGCUUCCAAAGUGAAAUUUCUGAGCAUGAGCGUAUUUUCGGUUAAACACGGUAUUCAAGUCUGGCACGUAAUCCGCGCUGAGCAUUCUGGGUAUAAGUCAGUGAAGAAGAAGGCAAUAUGGCUGACAUAUGCAGUAGCUAUUGGCGACGCUAACAGUGUGUAAUUUUGUUCGAGUUUAUUUUUGGUAAUAUUAAUUGUUUGAAUUGUGAAAUGAAAGCUCAUUAUUUUGAAUAGAAUCUGUGUAUUUGUGGGAAUUUUAAUAGAAAGUUGAACAAUUUUAACGCUCACGGAACCGAACACGAGCUGUGAAUACUUCGCAAAAUGGCAGCCCACUUGCCGUGACGAAUAGGCUAAAAUAAUACAGUGACUUUAACAUGGAUUCAUAAAAAAGGCAAUUAUUUGUUUGAAUGUAAAAUGUAGUAAGUGCAGUGCAAUACUAGUUCGGAUUGAAAUAUUCGAAAUUUUACAAGAAAUCUGCCAACUGAAGUGAUAGAAAUUUUUGGCCUUUUAUCUAUGAAGAUGCGACAGGUAAGCGUGUAUUUUGUUUUAAAAUUAAUUCGAUGUUACUUUGUAAUACUCUUGUUACAUUUGCCUUUCUUCACCUGCAAAUAUCUUGCAAUUAUCUGUGGCCUUUCUUGUGGGCUUCAGAAAAAUUGUAAGCAUCUGCUCAUUAGUGAAGGAAUGAAGGUCCCGUUUUCAGUUUUUUUGUCUAUUAUUAUAUUUAAUACUUGUAUCCAUUUUCUGUGGUACGUGUAACGUGCUGUGCUUUUCAUCAAGCCAUAUAAUGUGGACUUCUGAGCAUUACUUGAUUAAUUUGUGAGGGUUGAGAGUUGUUUAUAAAUUUGACUCAGUGCCAUGCUGCUUUGUUUACAAUAGAAAAUAGUAAAUUUUCCCGCGUAAUAAUGAGUGUUCCACGGAAAUGUUGUUGGAUUUAUGUUCUUCACUUGUGAGGCUAUGUGCAGGAACUAAAACUUUGAAAUUCUAAGACAGACCCAUUUUUGCAAUUUAAGCUCAAAGUUGGACUUCUUGUCCAUGCCAUGAUAGCCAGCAAUGUCUGUAUGUAUUUUUAUGGUAAACUCCUUUGAACCAUAGUGUUUUCCUUCGUUUUUAUUUUUGCAUUACAGUUCCUGCAAAAGGUAAUCAUGGUUUAUAUGUAGUUUUCAUUUAAGACAAACCUGUUCUUUUAUUUAACGGGUUACAGCCUCUGGGGUGUGUUAUUUGCUUCAUGAAUUUACAUUUAUAAUGGUGGCAAUUCAACUUAAUAUGCUAAAGAAUGUGUUCUGUAUUUCAUUUCAGACAGUAGAUUCAAAAUGAUUACAGUGAAAACUUGCUUUGAAAUACAAAGAUAUGUAUAUAUAACAACUUCGGUGGUUUUUAAUGAACAUUGUAGUCUGUUGGGCUGUGUAUAUUGAUAAAAAUGUAUGUACUGUAAUAGAUAAGGGUGAAGGAACUGAUGCAAGUGUGUGUAACUGUACGCAUGUUGAGGAAAGCAUAUGUACUCUAAUGGAUAAGGGUGAAGGAACUGUAAGGUAUCUAUAACACCCGAGUACAAUUCUGCAAGGGUGUAAUACAUGCUUUUUUGGUUUUGCUAUUGCCAUGUCUGAUUUAUGUAAUAAAGCUGAUUUUGUGAUACUCUAA